AUGCUGUAUCUGCCCACUUUCAAGUAUAGCAGAGGAUGGAGGCUGUUGGUGGUGAUACCUCUAUUCUCAAUAUCCAUGACUUGCAACAAGUCUGGACUGAGCUAAAAGAGUUUCCUCUGCGCAAUUGGAGAGAAUUUGGAUUGACAGCUGGCCUCUAUUACACUACACUUAGUAACAUAGAAGCUAAUAGCACAAAAGUUGAGGAUCAUUUCAUGGAGUGUUUGUCUUGCUGGCUGAAGAGAAAGGAUAAUGUUAAUAAACAGGGAAUGCCAACAUGGAGGAGGUUAGAAAAGAUAUUAGAGGAACUUGGAGAACAAGCAUUGGCAGAUAGAGUCAGAGGUUUGUCUAGUGAUGCUCAUGAAGAGCAGCAAGUUGAGCCUGUUACUACUUCUGGUCACAGUAUUUAUCUUCCUGAAUAUUUAGAGGACGAGUAUUUUCGAAUGACAACGGAAUUUGCAAAUAUACUAAAACGUUUUGUUAUUCAGAUUUUCAAAGAGAAGGAGAAGCUUAAAGAUGUAAAGAUGUCUUUGGUUGGCAUUAGGCCGUCAAGGAGGAAAGAAAUCAAUGAAGUAGAUGAUGAAACUGAGCUAAUACAAGUUCUUCGAAAUUACUGUUCUUUGAGAAAAUUUCCAAUUCUAACAACUUUAGCAAGGGAUAUGAAGAUGAGUGAUAUUACAAAGGAGUUAAAUCAGUUUGAAGAGAAACGGAAAAGAUUAUACGAGGAGAUUCUAGCAAAGGAUUUUGCAAAAAGUGCCAUUGAAUAUUGUGGUACAACUGGUAGUAGAGAGGUGACAUUUGAAGUAUUGUGGCCGAUUGACAGAACAACUCUAGAUGAUUUUGAGCAAUUUUUAGCUGCUGCCUUUCGCAGUCAAGAUAUUAAUAUGCUCAUUCACUUGAAGACUGUCCAUAGUAGUCGACUGACGUUUGUUUGUGUGAUACCACAUUGGCUAGUGGAGGAGAUGAAGGAUUAUAUUGUGAAGAAUGGUGACCUCUUUGAGUCUAAAGGAGUAGUUGAAAUUACUGUUGAUGGAGCUAUUGUAUUCAGUGUGAAACAUUCAUUGGAGCCUCAUCAGUUGCCAUCAG